AUGACCUUUGAAUUUCAGGAUGGCGAGUCUUGGGACCCCGACCCAUGCUCAAGCUGCUCUUGCGAGGCUGGAGAAGUGACCUGUUACAGACAGGCCUGUCCGGCAUGCCCUGAGGGGACUGUGCGGGUGGACCAUGGCAACGGUGGAAGGGAAGGAGCGCUGUGCUGUGAGAGAUGUGAAAAGGUUCAGUGUGCCAAUGAAUGCUCCAGCUGCCUACCUCGGAAUCCUACUCAGUGCACUUGGUGCCGAGAAGCGGGAAAACUGGUACAGAGUGGACGCUGUGUGGACAGGUGCCGGAAUGGUUUCUUUCCAGGAGGGGACAACACUUGUCACGCUUGCCAUGAAAGUUGCCACACUUGUUUUGACAAAUCUGAACACCAUUGUCUUACCUGUCCCCCACUGUAUCUGAUCAAAGAUGGAAAAUGUGUCAAGCAGUGUGGCCAGGGCUAUUUCCGGAGAGAAGCUAAAUGCUUAUCUUGCCAUUCCCAGUGUUCAGCAUGUACAGGCCCUCAUCCUGACCAGUGUUUAGCAUGCACUAUCAAGGGUCAGGUGCUGAAAGGAAAAAGAUGUGUUGACGGGUGUGGACCAAAAUCUUUCCUACAAGGCCAAGAGUGUCAAAACUGUCCCCAGACAUGCCAGAGCUGUGUGCCUGAUGGCCCUGAGUGUUCCUCCUGUCGUUCCGAGAUGUUCUUGUUCCGUGGACAGUGUCUGUCCACUUGUCCCAGAGGAAUGUACCCUGAUGGACAAGCUUUGUGCCAGGGUAACAUUGAUGAUUCUUAUUCAGCGGCAAGUUUAGAAUUUCUGGUAUUCUCUCGACAGAAUUUGUAUGUUUCUUGGCCUGUGUUUGCACCUUUCCAUAUUAUCUUCAACAUUUUUUCGAAAUUUUGUCAUCCGUCCUGCUCUGACUGCAAGGGGCCAGGGUUAUCUGACUGUACUGCUUGCCACUACGGACUUCAAACUUUGAAUGGGAAGUGCAAUGAAGAGCAUGGUCAAUGCGGAGCAGGACAGUAUGUGACAAGAGAUCUUGAGUGUGUUGACUGUGCUCCUGGUUGUGCCAUAUGCUACCCCAGCCAGGAUGGAUUGGGCUCACUUUGCUCUCAGUGUGUGGAGGAGAUGUUUGUUCUUUCUGGCACAUCAUGCAGGAAGACUUGUAGAUCCGGAACUUUCCUCAGAGAUACAGUUUGCCUUUGUAAGAGCUUGAAGUCACAUAGAUUUAAAAUAACUUGUGAUGAGAAAUGUGAAGUCUGCAGUGGUCCUGCUCAGUGUACCAAAUGCCAUCAGCCUUUUCUGCUUUCUGAUGGACAUUGUACCAUGGCCUGUGGUCCUAAGACUUUUACUACAAAUGAUGGUGUCUGCCAAAGUUGUUCUGCUAACUGUCUGGAGUGUUCUGACCAUUCCUCCUGCACCUCCUGUGAUAGCCAGACUUUUCUGAAAGAUGGCGUCUGUGUCACGUCAUGUGGAGAGAACAGUGUCACUCGACUUAGAGAAAGGAUGUGUGAGGACAACUCCUAUCCACCAAAGCUGGAAGUAUUGGCAGAACUAACAGUGAAAGAAGGAGGAAUGGCUGAUUUGUCGAAUGAGAUAGUACAUGUGACUGACCAAGAUACUGGGCAAAAUUAUCUUUCUCUCAAGAUUGAAUCUAUUACUCCUUUGGGUCAAGUAAUUAAAGUUGACAUUAUGGGCAAUACUUUGCUGAAUGAAGGAGACACCAUCAGACUGGAGGAUGUGAUGUAUAACAAAGUACGAUUUCUCCAUGGAAUGGGAAGAGGCUUUAGAGGUGUUAUAGCAUUCAAGGCUUUUGAUGGACAACUGUAUAGUGAGGAAAAAGAAGUUUCUGUGAACGUGUUACCAAAGGAGGUUUUGGAAUUGGCUGCAAACAGGCCUCUUCUGGCUGUCACUGGUCAGGACACAGAACUGACCUCAGAUGUGCUGAAUGUUAACAUUCCAAAUCAGCAAGUCGGAGUUGCUUUCAUUUUGUUAAAUGGUCCAUCACAUGGAAAGAUGGUCUUUAAAGAUACACGGAAAUUAGUGAGAAAGUUCACUGUUGAUGAUCUAACAGAAGGUCGAAUAGUUUACAGUCACUCUGGGAAUAGUAGUGAAAUGCUCGACAUGAUCAGAUUGGAAGUGACCAAUGGCUUACGUCACUUGUCCGCUGUUCUGCCUAUCAAGAUCCAAUCGAAGACUGGCAGCAUGCCAGUAAUUCUUUCAAACACUGGAGGUCAUGUCUUUCAAGGAGACGUGAUGCAGAUUUCUAGGGAUGUGCUGGAAGCGAAAAUAAUGUCAAGUGACUUAUUCAAAAGCCAAGCUGAUGCAGUGUUUACUUUGGUUCCCACCACAGACAAUCCAAGAAAUGGUGAAGUCAUGAUGGUGGUGCCCAUUCCUCAAGAUGGUCCAAGCAGUGGUUGGACUGAUAUGGGCUCAGGCAUGAUGGGGGCACGCAUGUUUCGGUUUUUGCAGAGAGAUAUUAAUGAAGGCAGAAUCUACUACAAGCAUAAUGGAGAUGGAUUCCUAUCUGACAGUUUCACAUUUGAGGUUGCUGACACAGCAAGUCCACCAAACAUUUUGAGAGACCAGAUGUUCCAUGUGACUGUCAUGAAAGAUGAGACAGAAGAAUUUUCACUACCCACUCUUGCACCAGGUGUGAGACUUGGGAUGACUGUAUUGGAAAAUCAAAUUGUUCCUGUAACGACCAAGUACUUGUCCUUCAAUGAUGUGGACACUCCUCCAGAGGAUUUGGUGUACAGAAUCACAACCCUUUUGCAUGAAGAGGAAGGGACCAUUGAACAUAUAGACUUUCCAUUCAGUCCAGUCUUGCAGUUUACUCAGGAUGAUGUGAACAACAACAGAAUCAUUUACAGACCUCCUGAUGAGGAAAUUGGAAUGGAUGAAAUGGAAGUGAACUUUCUUUUUGUUGUGACUGAUGGUGGAGAGGACCGGGAACUCUCAGAACACAAAUUUACCAUAAGAGUUGUGCCAGUCAACAAUAACCCACCCUUGUUUGCAAACCCAAACCCAGAUGUGACCAUUUCAGAGGGUGGUAUAUUUCCCCUGACCUCAGGCCUCUUGGAAGUCAUAGACCCUGACACGGCUCUGAACAAGUUGCAAGUAACAGUGGUUGAAGCUCCAACUUCAGGGCUAGUUGAGAAAAUGCAGGGAGGACUUAGAGCAGUUGUGAGAAGUGGUGACACGUUUUCCUACUCAGAUGUCCUACAGAGUACCUUUCAGUAUGUUCACACGGGCAGCAUUGAUCCUCCGCGGGAUAAGCUCAGCCUGACAGUCAGCGACGGUGUCCAUGAGACGGGAAACACUGUCUACUUCACCAUCAUCAAGGUGGACAAGUCAGCACCCAUGAUGCUUCCUUCAGCCAGUUGUCAGGUUAAUGUAACUGAAGGUAAUAUCUACAUUCCCAUCCUAAAUGUGCCAUGCACUGGAUCCCCCAUGUGGCGCAGGCAGACAGAAAGUUCUUCAGUAGAGAUAACCAGAAGUGAGUUGGCCUUCUCUGAUGAGGAUGAUGAGGAUAAUGCUGUUGAGAUUGUCUUAGCAGCAAAGACAACCCAUGGUCACUUUGAAGUAGCAGAAGCUUCUGGCCAACGCAAAGUCCAAGUUGGAGAUCAUUUCACCCAGGAAGAUGUCAAUGAAGGAAGAAAUAUUUUCUUUUUUUUCUCAAGUUUUCACGCAGAACAAGAGAUUGGCCCUAGAGCUUUAACGGAGCUGGUCUAUGUCAAUGUGACUGAUGCUAGUGGCAAUCUUCUUCCAAGUCAGAUUUUGUCAGUGCUGAUCACGCCUGUGGAUAACUUGGCUCCAGUGGUCGUUGUUGGACCUCUACUUAAGGUUGAGGAAGGUGGAGAAUCUGCUAUAGGAGCUGACUUGAUUAGUGUGUUGGAUGUCGACUCUCCCAUUGGGCAACUCAUGUUUAUUGUUGAGACAGAUCCUAGCUUUGGUAAAGUGGAGAACAGAAAGCCAGCCAAAGGAUCUGAGAAAAAGACCCCCAAAAGUGCCAAGUCUUUCCCUUUGACUGAUCUCAUAGAUGGACAUAUUCACUACACGCAGUCUGAUCACAAGAACAAGGAACCUGCUUGGGACGCUUUUCUCUUUUCUGUUACUGAUGGAAAAAAUGAAUCCCCUCUGCAGAGGUUUAACAUAUCUAUCAAGCUCCUAAACGAUGAAGCUCCCCAAAUCAUCACAGAACAGCUGUUUGCUAGAGAGGGUAGAGGAGUGACACUGACCAAUGCCUCAAUGUAUGUGGUCGACUUAGACUCUCAACCUCAAGACCUGAUGUUUACCUUGACAACCAGUCCAGCCAAUGGCCAGUUGAUGAAGAAAGAAUAUUUUCUGGAUCCUCCCGAAGAGGCAGGUGUUCUGCAGGAAAAGUCCACUUUCACAUAUGAGGAUGUUCUGAAUGAGCUGGUGUUCUACAAGCACGACGAUGGCGAGACAACGCAGGACUCAGUCACCCUGCACCUCAGUGAUGGAGACUUCAGUGAUGAGAAAACACUACAGAUCGUGGUUGGCUUGGUCAAUGAUGAGACUCCACGCAUGACCAUAAACAGAGGACUCAGAGUUCAAGCAGUUUCGUCGACGGUAAUAAAAAACAGAGAUCUUCGAGCCACGGACUUGGAUAGUGAGGAUUCAGAAAUCAUGUAUACCAUCAUGAAGGACCCAACCUCUGGCAGGUUGCAGUUUGAUAAUGGAGAUGUCUCAUAUAUUCUCACUACUUCUACAGCUGCUAGAACGUUCAAGCAAAGAGAUAUUGAUGCAGGUCAUAUCUCAUACAUUCAUACGGUUGAAGAUCUCACAGGCAACAUCAUUUUUAAGUUCAAGCUGACAGAUACUGACGGGAAUGAGUUGAUUGAUCAAGACUUCUUCAUUACUGUUUUUGAGGAUAGACUAUACCCUAUUGAAGUGAAUAAUAAAGAAUUUUUGGUGGAAGAAGGAGGCACUGCAAAGCUGACUACUGAUGUUCUGUCCUUCACUGAUGCUGACACUGAGCCGGGAAGUUUGACUUAUGCAGUGUUGGAGGGCCCAGACUUGGGACAUCUGGAGCUUGUGGGACAGCCUGGAGUUCCAAUAGUAACCUUCACUCAGUCAGACUUGGCAGCAAACACUGUAACGUACGUCCACACUAGUGACUUGGAACUGUAUGCGGACAGAUUCAACUUUGCUGUUUCCGAUGGUUCUAAUGAGGUGGUUCAGACGUUCUUCAUCAAUGUGAGACCUGUGGAUGAUGCCAUCCCAGUGCUGAGCAACCAAGGGCUGAGAGUUCAGGAAGGUGUACGGAAACUAGUCACUGAGUUUGAGCUCAAAGCUGUCGACCAAGACACAAAGGAGGAUCAGAUUCAGUUCACUGUUGUGGAGCCCCCAAUUCAUGGCACGAUUGAACUCUUGACCAAUGAGACCUACAGUCCAGCUGUGACAUUCAGCAUGGCUGAUAUUUAUGAGAACCGUGUGAGCUACCAACAUGAUGGGAGUGAGACUGUCUCUGAUAGUUUUUCUUUCAUUGUGAGUGAUGGGACCAACAAGGUCUUUGCCAUGCAGCAGGAUCAGCCAGCAUAUAGACCAGUGUCAACACCACAGGUGAGACUGAUCUUGUUUGGUACUCGGCAGUUAUUUGUGUUUAAAAAUAUUGAACGUACAUACUCAACUCAACUCAUUGUAACUCAUGCAGUCCUUAAUUAUCUUUUGCUUGACUACCAUGUCUUUUGUUGUUCACAGGAGUUUGCUAUCACUAUCCUCCCGAUGGAUGAUGGAAUGCCAAUUAUUCAGUCUAAUUUGGGACUUCAAUAUUUAGAAUUCAAAGGUUCUGAUAUUGGGAAUAUCAUACGUUCACAAGAUCUGUCAUCUGCUGAUGAGGAUACCUCUGCCUCCGAGAUUGUCUAUGCAAUAAAAGAAGCUCCAAAGUUUGGUGUAAUUGAACACAUUGAAAAACCAGGUCUGCCUAUUGCAUCAUUCACCCAGGAGGACAUCAACCAAGGUGUUAUCCGCUACAAGUUGGUCAAGGAGAGCAAGGACUUACAGGACAGCUUCGGCUUUGAUGUGAUGGAUGGAAAGCCCAACAUUGUCCCUGACAACCGUUUCCACAUCACUUGGUCAGAGAUUAGCUUUGGCAAUCCUACCUUCAAUGUUUCAGAAACCCAAGGCAUUGUCCAGAUCCCUGUACUCAGAAGAGGGAAUCUCAAGCAGUACUCAAUUGUGAAGUGUAGAACGAUACCAGGAUCAGCUGUCUCCAAGCCUGAUGCUGUGCGACCUGGUCUUCAAGAUUUUGUUCCAGCGUCCGGACAGGUUCAGUUUGAUGAGUGGCAAGAAAGCAAACCGUGCUCCAUCUUCAUCAAUGACGACACGCUGUAUGAGGGUCCAGAAACCUUUUACGUAGAGCUGUUUUCACCAACCUUUACUGUGCUGGGAAAAGUGAAGAAAGUGGCUGUUUCUAUUUAUGAUUCUGAAGAUGAACCACUUUUACAGUUUCAGUCAGGAGUUUUACAAGUAAAUGAAACAGACAAGUAUGCAAUGGCUACAAUUGUGAGAUCAGGUAAUGUGCUAUACUUGAGUGAGACAGUGUCUGUCAUCUGCUUCACACGUUCUUUGACUGCCACUGGGAGCAGCUUGACCGGUCUAGAGUCUGGCUCCGACUACGUGUCUAGAGGUCAGACAAAUGCCUACCGGGUUGUUUUCCCACCCGGAGUUACCCAAGCUACUUGUGAUGUUAAGUUGAUUGAUGACAGUCAGUUUGAGAGUAUGGAGCAGUUUGAGCUAGAGCUCUCUGACCCGUCAAUGCCUGCAGCUGUCGGCCCCAUGGAGAAGACCCUCGUGAUCAUUGCUGGUCCAAAUGAUGUUUCAUUGAUCUAUUUGUCGGAGGAUAUGUUUACAUUUCCGGAGGACAGUGGGACCAUUGGGAUUGAAGUUCUCCGGGAAGGCUCAGACUUAUCACAUACGUCUGUGGUGUGGUGCGCCACUCGGUUGUCAGACUUGCCUUCUGCAACACCAGGGGAAGAUUAUGUUCCCAGCUCCGCACAAAUUACUUUUGGUCCAGAACAAAACUCCCAGAUGUGUCAUUUAAUUCUUCUGGAUGAUGAUUUUGACCCUAAACUUGAAGGCAAUGAAACUUUUGUGGUGUUCCUUAGCUCAGCUGUGGGCAGUGUUUUAGACCAACCUUUCUCUGCAACGGUCACAAUCUACGAUGAUGGACUGGACAUUCCACAAAUGACUUUCUCCCAAGACAGUUACAUCAUUGAUGAAAAAAACAAGACUUUGAACGCUACUAUAAAUCGACUCGGAGACGUCAACAUGGAGUCCUCCAUAAUUUGUUUCACUCGCCAACAGACAGCCCAAGUUAUGAUGGAUUUUGACGAAAGAAUCUUCACUAAUGCUUCUCUUGUAACAUUCAGGCCUGGAGAAAGGAGCAAGUCAUGCAUUGUGAAUAUUGUGGAUGAUGAGGACUUCGAGCCUGAUGAAGUUUUUCUGCUGAAACUGGGUCUGCCUGAAGGGUCCCAGAAGGAUCAGGUCAUGCUGGGAGCUAUAGAUACAGCUACUGUGACCAUCACCAAUCAUGAUGACGUGCCUCGCGUUCAGUUUGAGCAUGCAGCAUAUAGUGUGCAUGAGCCAAGCGUAUCUGAUCAGAUCACCACUAUAGAGGUGAAAAUAAUCCGCACUGGAGCUGCCAACGACUCAGCAUCUGUCCGCUGUAGCACUAGAGAUGGUUCUGCUCAGUCUGGAAGUGACUACAACGCAAAAAGUCUAGUGCUGUAUUUCAAGCCAGGAGAAAAAGAAAAGAAGUUUCUGGUGGAUGUGUUGUACAACAGUGCCAUAGAGUGGCAUGAAUCCUUCAGCCUACAGCUAGGACCGGAGGAGCCCAACAACUCUGUGUUUGGAUCAAUCACCGUGGCAACCAUCACUAUUUUGGAUAAUGAAGUAUCUGGCAGUUUAGUCCUCCCUUCUCCUCCAGUGGUUGUUUCACUCCUUCACCUUGAUGAUGUUGAAAAGGGAGUGAAAGUGAACCCUUCCCCUGGAUAUCCACUUGUCUGUUUGACUCCUUGUGACGUACACUAUCCAACGUAUGCAACCACAAGUAGCUUGUGCCAACAGUCUGGAAUAAACGAAACAGCCAUGCUGUACCAGUGGGAGGUGGCCAUGCCACCAACAGAUGAUGGUGUCUCUCCACUCUUUGUGAAAGUCACUGACAAAACUCUUUUCACUUCAGUGGACAAAUGGGUAUUGGACAGCAUCUACUUCCGGCCAUUUUUUCAAAUUAGAUGCAUUGCUCAACCUUUGCAUGGAAAUGGCAAUCCAGGCAUUCCCCUCAAAUCUCAGCCUAUCACAAUAGGGCACACCAACCCAGUCUGCAGAUCCCCAUCAUUUGCAGCAUCAGAAUCAUUCUCUUAUCAAGCCCAAUCAUUUCUUGCUACCUUGGACUACAUCAAACCAGACUCAGCUGAACAUCCAAACACAGUGCACAUUUCAGUUCAGAUUCCACACCAAGAUGGCAUGUUGCCCUUGAUCUCUACACAUCCUCUCCACAACCUUCGCUUUCUGCUGUCAGAGCCAGUCUAUCGCCAACAACACUUAUGUUCCAACAUUAUCACAGCUAUGGAAAGAGCCCCUCUACUUGACCAGGCCUUCCUGGGAGACAAGGUUGUCAAAGAUGAUGAUGGUGAGACAGUUCACGUGGAGGAAGAUUUGCCAUUUGGACCAGGUUUUGACUUCCCCUACCAGUUCGACUCGGAUGUUCGAGAACAGAAAAGUCUCGUGCUUUAUAGACACCUCAAUUUGAAGAACUGCAUUUGGCAGUUUGAUGCCUGGUACCAUAUGACAGAGCUUGUGGACAUGUGUGGGGGACGGAUUGUUUCUGACUUUCAGGUGAAGGAUCAGUCAGACACUCAUCUCACAGUGCGGGUGCCUCUGCAUGUGUCCUACAUCUAUGCCACGGCUCCAACUGGCUGGGGAUCGCUGGAACAUCGCACAGAGAUGGAAUUUUCAUUUUAUUACAACACUGUUCUAUGGCGUGCUGGGCUAGAGACUGAGGGGCGUCAGAAUGGAAGAUUGCAAGUUGUUCGUAUUCUCAUUGGAGAUGAUGGGAAACUGGUGAUCGAAUUCCGUUCUCAGGCCAAAUUCAGAGGUUUGUUUGUGGCAAAACAUCACACUCUGCCUGGAGUGGAGAGCAGAGUCGUUGCUCCUGAAUCCCUGUCUAUAACCUUUGACCUGGAGUUGGUUUGGAGUCAAAAUACAUUUGAUAGUCCUCAUCAAGUCUGGCAGGCAAAAAGCAGGUUUAAUUUGAAGGACUACACCGGGGUGUACAGUGUGGAGCUGGUACCGUGCAUUGUUUCUGCCACCCAAGGCUUUGUCCAGGCAGAUCCUCUUCCCUGUGCUGCUCAACAGCCACAAAAGUUCGAUGUACCUAUCUCUUUUCAACAAACCAACCGCCCUGUGCCAGUGACGUACUCACUUAACACAGAUUUCCAGCUCAGCAACAAUCUGAAAAUGUUCCUCUUGGAUCCCACCACUGAGGGAAUGGGGAAAGAAGACUGGGAGUUCAAUGGAGCAUUUUCUAAAGGGCAAAAGUUGUACGGGCGUGUACUGUGGAAUCAUGAACAGGAUUUGAAGACAGCUUACCGCCUGGUCUUAGAAAAAGUCUACCUUUGCACAGGGAGAGAUGGUUAUAUUCCAACGUAUGAUCCCAGCGGAGACACAUAUGGUGAAGGAGCGCAAUUUGGUUGCAUUCAACCGUCAAAGAAUCUGCUGCACAGAUUUCUAAUUCUGGACCGAGAAAAUCCAGAUGUGAUUACCUCCGAUUUCCAUCAAGUUCCAUUCCAAGCUCAGUUUGCCAGUGAGAACCAGGAGUUCUCUCCACUCUCUAACCUGCCCGGUGUUGAUGGUUUUAUCAUGGACAUAGAUCCUCUGUACAAGGUGGACUCAGGCCAUCAGUGGUAUCUGCAAGUGAUCUACACCAUUUCCCCAGCUGACUUACCAAAGCACAAGAUGAAGCGGUCUAUAUCUGCCAUGUACAGAUCAUCACAUUCACCAUUAGUGUCAGUAGUCAAAAAGUCAUCUUCAAUAAAGCAUCAAAAACUCAUGAAACGUCGCCAUGCCUUGACCACCAGAUCAAAGGCCAAGAUAAGCUCUCAUAAGUCAAGACGUAAGAGAGAUGCAAAGGCAGCUGCUUUUCACAGUAAUCAAAAGGGCAGUUCACCAUCUUCAGCACCGGUGUCAUCUGGGGAACUUCGCAAUGGGACAAAUAUGAGACUUUUACAUCUCGUCUUUGACAAAUCAUCAGGUGCAAAUUCAUCACAUCAGUUCCCAAUCGCUGCCAUAUGUGCCCCAGUUAUAUUAGUAUUAUUAUCUUCUAUUAUUAUAAUUGUAUUAUGUGUAAGAAAGAGACGUCGAAGGAAAGAGGUACUAGCAAAGUCUAAAACUCUGGUGACCAUAAAUAAUCAGUUGCAGAGAGGUUGUCUCGCACGGACAAUCAGAAAUUCUGAAGGUGUGUCAUUUAGUCCGCCAAAAAGUGACAAUAGAAACAAUGCUGCUUCCGUCAGUAGAUGUAACAUUAUUAAGCCGAAAAAUGUUAAUAAGCUGGCGAAGCAAGGAAUAAAUGUUGACAGUGGAACUGAAGUAUGAUCCCUCAAGUUUAAUUGUUGUUAAGUCUUUUUCGUAUACUUAAAUGGAGUGGCAAUUUAAGUGAUUGUCCUUACAAACAAGUGCAAUUAAUAUUUUCGUAACUCUUUUUGUAUAAGAAGCAUUUAGUGACCACUGAGACAUUCCUUAUUUGUUUGUCAUGUGUACAAAUGUUAGUAGUGUGCUGAAAAUAAUUGCAAAUAUCUGUGAGAAUUGUCAAAUGCAAAACUUUAUCAAGUUAUUUGGCGCCAGAGACUGAGAAGGAUACAAUAUGUGUUUCUGUUUUAGUUUUAUUUUCCCACAAAUGUAAAAAAAAAAA